CGCUGGAUUGGAUUGCGUUGCUGGGUGGGGAGGGGGACUGACCAGACGGCUGAGAGAUCUCUAAUCAAAAGCAUCGGGAAUAUUCGGACAUUUUCAAAGCUGGAUCGUGGAUUUCACGCGGCGUUCAAGGAUGGAUGUAGGAGCAUUGGCAGGUGGGGAUGUUGGCCCGAGAAGAGUGGAUUCGGUUGAUGGGGGCCUUGAAAUUGUUCCUCUGGAAAUGUAUGACUCCGCCCGGGCCAAGAUAGAAGCCAACCUCCGCUGGCUGUUUGCCAAAGCUUACGGCGAAGAGCACAUCCCGACAGACCUGAGGGACCCGUUCUACACGGAUCAGUACUGUGUGGAGCACAUAAAGCCUCCGGUUCUCUCUCUCCUGCUGUCUUCAGAGCUGUACUGCAGGGUGUGUGGGCUGCUGCUGAAGGGCGACCAAGCGUCUGCGCUGAGCUCCCAUCAGGCUGUCAUCCAGACGCUCGCACGGCGGGGAAUAUAUGUCAGAGAAGCCGACGACACGCCCGUUUCCCAUAAUGACCUUUCGUCCACUCCCAUUAAUAUGAGUUUGCAUAUUCCUCUGAUUGACGCUCUGAUGGUGGCGUAUACAGCGGAGAUGAUGGCUAUAGACCGAGUCAUGACGAGCGUCAAACGCUUCUCAAACUUUUGCGCCUCUAAAGAACUCCCUUUCGACGUGGAGGAUGCCAUGCUCUUCUGGAUUAACAAGGUCAUUUUGAAGACGAGAGAGUUCUCCGAGAAGGAACUCAAGAUGAAACAGCCGCUCGUUGAUGCGCCGUGCCAUCAAAAGCCUGAUCUCAUGAAUGCUUUGGCCCAUUGCAUGCUUGAGCCAGUGGAGUUCUCUCGUGUGGUACGUUACCGUAGAGAUCACCUGUCCGGACGUCCUUUCCCUCACCUGGCUGUGAUGGAGGAUUUGAUGAAGGAUGUGUGUGAUGGAGCAGCACUGCUAACAGUCAUCCACUUCUACUGCCCUGAAAUCAUGAGACUAGAUGACAUAUGUCUGAAGGAGGUGCCCUCACUCUCAGAUAGCAUAUAUAAUGUCCAUUUACUACGGGAGUUUUCUAAUGAAUACCUGAACAGGUGUUUUUAUCUGCAUGCCGAAGAUCUGCUCUAUUGCCCACCUGUACUUAAGCAUAACGUGAUGGUUUUCAUCGCUGAGCUGUUUUGGUGGUUUGAAGUUGUGAAGCCAGACUUCGUAAAGCCAAGAGACCUACAAGAGAUUAAAGAUGUGAGAGCAUCUCUUCAACCAAAGAGUGCCCACCCCCAUGUGCCCAUACCCCAUGCCACCAAGCGUAGCUUCUUAACACCCUCCCCUUCAGCCGAUUCAUUGGCGACUGGUGCUAAUCCUGGCGCUUGUAUGAGGUAUUACCUGCGUCCUGAAGAGUCUUUGUCUGAAACUAAAGCAAGCCCCGCCCACAGCCCCUCCUACCCACCCCUCCCACUUUGGCAGAGACAACAGAAGCCCACUCAGGGGGAGGAGAAUUCAGAGCUCAGGAACAGGUCAAACUCGUUGUCCCAUAUGGAAGGACUGAUGUUUGGAUCACAACUAGCCUGGGCAGAAAGGAAACAAAGACCCAUCUCUCAGAUGGAGAUGGAUUGGGAACGCAUUUGUGGUGAUACCGUCAGCUUGGCUCGUUCUAUUAGUAAGGACAGUUUAGCGUCUAAUGUCAUCCCCUUUACUCCACGACACCGAAUCAAUGGCCAGCCCCUCCCCCAGACACUUCACUAUGACAACCAGGAGGAAGAGGAGGAGCUUGUGGCUGUCAUUAACCCUCAGGGUGUGGCCGGAUCUAGAGAUGCCCGAUCCGAGAGUUUCUUCUUAGAACCAUUGCAACCUGCGGUUCUUCGACCAAAUAAGGAGAAAACAGGAAUUAGUAAACGGGAAGAGAGUGGCGAGGGGCAGGCUCAGGCACUUAGGCGAGUGUACACGCCCACAGAAUGCACGCUCAACCGGACGUUUACUCCCAUCAAUAGCAUAGAGCAAGAAUGCACAAAAACGCAUUCCCCUAACCCAUCUGGAAGCUUCUUCUUGCAUGAUGAUGUGGAAUGCAUACGUGAUAGUCCACUCGGAGUUUGGGAAGAUAUUGCAUCAGACUCGGAAUUUGAGGAAGAUGAUGAAGUGGAAGAUCAGGCGCGAGACCUUACCAAAUCACUACUAUUCGCUGAGCGGAAGUGUAUAGGCUGUGGAGAUCUAGAAGAGGAGUCUGCAAAGCUGCGAGAGGACGUUUGCGUACGAGAACGGGACGAUAAGGAAGGCGUGAGUGGGCGGGCCAGUCCAUGCCCUAGCGUGUUAUCUCAGGCCAGCAGCACGUCGACGGGCACUGGACGCAUGACGAGUUUCGCAGAGCGGCGAAGACAUAGAGCUGGAUUUACCGAUGGUUGCUACAGCACGGGCAGCUCUCAAACCACAACUCCUGAUGGGUCUGAAAGCGGCCUCUUCCCAUCAGAUAUGAGCCCGAGUACGCCUUUGGGAGGCGCCCGAACCGGCCUCACUUCCGAACUCGUCCACCUUCGUAUGCAACUGGAGGAAAAACGGCGCAACAUCGAAAUGCAGAAAAAGAUGAUGGAGACCUUGUCGGCACGCCAACGGCUGCAAUUGGGCAAAGAAGCCUUCCUGCAUGUUGUUAAAAAGGGGAGGAGUGACACACUGCCACACCCACUCAAACAGGAAAUCGAGCCCAAAAUGAAAGCGUUAGCAAAGGACGACACAUGCGUGGAAGUUCUUAAAGCCCGAGCCAAGGAGGCAGAUCAGUGCCCAAUUAAAGUAAUAUUGCCUGAGGUUACACCGGUAACACCCUCAGGGGUUGAUAAGGACAAUCGUUUGAGUGUCUCAAGAGAGGGCGGAGUAUUGGACGAUGUGGGCGGAGAGCCGGCUCUUGGCGAAUGCAGCCGUUCAAUCGAACUUAUAAAUGAAGCAAUUGGAGCAAUUCAGCAACAAAUGACGCAACUGUCGCUACAGCAGGACUUACUCAUGAAACAGACUGUUCAUUUGCCUCAAGAAUCCUCGCAAACACAUGCAACCAAACCGAACACUGUGCCCUCAUUAAGCGAAAGCAUACCAGAGCCGAAUGAGGCUAAGUCCUGCCUUUCCGUGCAUUUCACGGAAACCAUUUCCACCGCAACAAAGCGACCGCCAAGACUUAGCUCAAGUCGUAUGCCUCGGACAAAACCUACCGACCUUAAACUGAGCAAGGAUGCCAACAGUUGCCCAAAAGGAAGCACUCCAACCCCUAGUGGUGACCCCAGGCCCUCACCGGGAGGCAGGACCCCCCGGGCUGAGAACGAAGAAGAAGGUGGGGCUAAAGGGGGUGGGCGUUGCUCUAGAGGAAUCAUUCGAAAUACCACUUUCAAACUGCAUGACUCUGCAAAUCGCCGUGCUGACAGUCUCAACUUGCCCCAAACCGAACUCCCUGCGGUGGAACCUAUACCUGUGGAUGUGACCCGGGAGAGGACCGAGUCUAGUUGCUCUGGAAAAGAGAAUGUUCCGGUACCGUCUGAAGAAAACAAAACCAAAGCUCAACUGAUUGAGGUGGACCUAUCUGACCUGGCUGACCCUUCUGAAACUAGCACAGAACCUGAUGGCGAACAGAAGUCUGGACUGGGCUUCUUUUUUAAGGAUGAUCCGAAAGCAGAAGACGAGUUGGCUAAGAAGAGAGCGGCAUUCCUACUGAAACAGCAACGUAAGGCCGAAGAGGCACGAAUACGCAAACAGCAGCUGGAGGCGGAGUCAGAACUCAAGCGAGAUGAAGCCAGACGGAAAGCAGAUGAAGGUCGUGUGCGUAAAGAGGAAGAGAAGGCUCGCAGAGAGCUGAUCAAACAGGAGUAUCUGCGCAGGAAACAGCAGGAACUUCUAGAGGAACAGGGUGUAACCAAGCCACGCCCACGUAACAGGAGGUCACGCCCCAAAUCACUACAUCGUGCUGAAUCCUCCUGUUCUACUCCGGUAAGUCUGUGUUCUGCUCCCUCGGGAUCGUCUCUCUCAUUGGCUUCACAAGGUGAUAGUGUCGCAUCAGGAGGGGCCAGUUCACACAGGGGGGAGUCGGUGGAAUCUUUUCCCAUAUUGAGCCGGAAUGCGAGUAGGAACAUGGAGCGAGACUGGGACAAUGGAUCGACGGCUUCGUCCAUCACUUCUGUAGCAGAAUACAAUGGGCCCAGGUUAUUUAAGGAGCCGAGCUCGAAGUCCAACAAACCCAUUAUCCAGAAUGCCAUUUCUCACUGCUGUCUGGCGGGAAAAGUCAACGAAGCCCAGAAGAAUGCCAUUCUAGAGGAAAUCGAACGUUGUGAGUCCAACCACCUGAUAAUCCUUUUUCGUGAUGGUGGAUGUCAGUUCAGAGCGCUGUACUCAUAUUCCCCUGAAACGGAGGAGAUCCUCAAACUGAAAGGCACCGGGCCACGAGCCAUCAGUCGCAAAAUGAUCGACAGACUCUACAAAUACAGCUCCGACCGCAAACAAUUCACUGCCAUUCCUGCAAAAUCUGUGUCUGUCAGCGAUGCUCUUACCAUCCAUGGCCACUUGUGGCAGGCCAAACGACCGAGCUCCAAGAAAAAAUAAUUAACCAGUUCCUAUCGGCUCACUGGAUCACUCCGCUGAUUUCUGAUUGGCUACUGGGCUAUAUUCCAGUCUCCAAAUGAAUUGAAUUGCUCUUGAACUGCUCUUGCUGACAAGCAGGCCUCCUGAUCUCCUAUUGGUCAAUGAGCUUCUUCAUGUCCUGCUUCCUACUGGAUUCCUGCUUUCCUAUUGGAUCACCAGCUGCUGCGCUUCGAUUGGCCACUGCGCUGUGAAACAGCAGAGCUGAGGAGAUCCAGAAUGGGUGGAGCCUGUUUGAUUGACAGAGUAAAUGAAUGUGUUUUAGAAUUAUUCCUUUGUUCAGUGUUUUUAGGCAGUAAACUGCAUGUGGCACUUUUCUGUUGGGAGGAUGUUUGAUUUUACCGUAGUAUUAAUUUACACAGGUACAGAGAUUACACUUCCAUUACUUGAAUUAUGACUUAUGUAAACACUCGGGCACUUCGCUGUUGUUACAAAUGCAUCUCGUGUUUUGGGUUUCUCAUACCUCUCCAUAUGCUGCUGUUCAUAAGCAGAGAUGGGCACAAAUACAUCAAAAAGUAACUUGUUACAAAUUUCAAACACUAGCUAAUCAAAUGUAUUAAAAUAAAAUGUGAGAAAAUGUAUUUAAUUAAAAUACAAGUAAUUUGUCAUUUGAAAAUACAAAAAUACAUUCAAAAUGAUCUGUAACAUUAUUUUAGGCAUUUAGCAGAUGCCUUUCAGGAGUGAUUUACAAUAAGUGCAACAGUAGAGUAAGCUAAUGUCCUAGAUCUCUAACUUAACAAGCAAUCGUUUGAAGAAGUGCAAGAGACAUUAAACAGUGCCAUUACAGUUAGUAAAUACAAAACAUUCAGUAUAAGAGAAAGAGAAGUGCUUUCACCUCCUUAAAAAAAUGUAUCUUCUCCUUCAUGUACCCCCUUACAAUACAACUUUCCAUUACAGUUUAGUAACGUCUCCAACAGUUCAGCAGUUAGUCACCUUCUCUGAGGGCAGUAAUCCAUGUAUCCAGUGAAGACAGGUCCUUCCUGGGGUCCUCCAGGAAGUGAAGGGUCUCCAACUCUGCUUUGCCGUGGCUUGGUAACAUCUCUCUACCCACCUCGCUGUCACUUCCUGUUGUUGGGAUUGGAGACAGUAGACGCAGUCAGUGAAACAAGGUUGUUUUAUUUAUUUAUAUUCAAUACAGGAAUUUUUGGUUGGGUUGCUGUAGUGGGGAUGGCUUCAUUGACAUCAGUCUUCAGCUGUAAGAAGCUAUUGAACCUUUUCUCAAAGCCAGCUAUGGUGGCUUGCAAUAGUGAGCAGUACCGCAGGUUUGAGGCUUGCAGGUCAUGUAGUUUAGCCUGAACAGCAAAGAGGGUAGGUUGGAGGUCACCAUAGUAGCCUGAGGUCUGACCUUGAAGGCGAUCAAUAGUAAUAGCAAUGGGCUCGAGGACUCUGCAAUAUUCCUCCAUGAAAUCUUUGAAUGGUGGGAGUUGCAAGGCAUCUCCUGAAGAGAUGUCAGCUGACUCAAGCAGUCAUAAAGUGAAUUCCACCUACAAAUGCAUGGUAAUUUAUGUUGCUGGUCGGUCAAUUAAUUGAGUAUUUCAGCAGAUUUUGGUCUGCCAGAAGGAUACCAUAGGGCUGAGCACUUUGUCAUUGAUGAAUGAUUCAGCCUAGAGAGAGUUGGAUUGCCUGUAAUUGCUUUUUGGCAUCAGUGGUUGGAACCAAAGUGUGUGUGUGUGUGUGUGUGUGUGUGUGUGUGUGUGUGUGCACACCUGAUGUGGGGUGGUAGAAUGAUAGCACACUUCUCCCUCUGGAUCUAUUGUAAUGUAUGAAAGUUCCUGUUCCUGCUCUUCAUUCUCAUCUUGUUCCUCUGAAAAAACUGUGAUAUUGAACUCUUCAAAUGCCUUUGCGAAGUUGGAUGCGUUGCCAUUUACAGUAGCCACAAUAGUCUCUGUUAUUAGUCCAUUUUCUGUAUGGAUUUCCUCUAGAUGUUCUGCAGUGUGAUUAUAGGUGUGUGGACUGGGAAACGCCAGCAAGAGCAGCUGAUUCCAAUGCACAGUAACUCCCAUGUAACUACUUUUUUAUUGUUGACCAGAUAUCAGCAGGGUUGCGUACAUAUUAUAUGUUCUUAAGUCUUUCCUUUAAGUUUGUUUUUAGUACUAAAAUCAUCGUUAAUUCUUCUUCUGAGUGACAUUACAUUACAUUACUUCUCCUUGACAUUACAUUAGCACCCUGGCAAAGGCCUUGUGCUAAUUAUAUUAAUUAUAUUUGUUCAACAGUGGCCAAUGGGAACAUGCGUUUAGUAACAAAGGAUGUUCCUAGAGUCAACUUUAUUUUGUGUCAUUGCCACUAGUACAAGCUCAAAAAGAUGAGUCUGUCUGUUUGAGGUCCUGGGUUUCUUACGUUCUCCACUGGCAAAUGCCUUUUUAUGUUCCUCAAAUUCCUUUCAUUUUUCAGGGAGCCCUUGUUUCAAGUGGGUUUUAAAAUUUGAUGUCGCUGCAAGAGAGCCACAUAUAAUGACCUUUUUAUUUGUGCACAGCUGACACUCAGCCUCAAUCUUUCCAUUUGGAGUCACUAUUUUAAAUGUUUGCCUUCCAACAUCGCCCACUUGAGUACCUGUGUAGCUUACUCUGUAGAUGUGGCAGCCUGGCAAGUCUUUGAUGCUUCAUCCUCACUCAUCCCUUGAGAUGACUUGGUGGCGCAGAUACUUCCCUCAAUCCAGGUGGUGGAGGACAAGUCUCAGUUGCCUCCGCUUCUGAGACUGUCAAUCCGCGCUUCUUAUCAUGUGACUCGUUGUGCAUGACACCGCGGAGGCUCACAGCAUGUGGAGGCUCAUGCUACUCUCCACGAUCCACACACAACUCACCACACGCCCCAUUGAGAGCGAGAACCACUAAUCACAACCAUGAAGAGGUUACUCAAUGUGACUCCACCCUCCCUAGCAACCGGGCCAAUUUGGUUGCUUAGGAGACCUGACUGGAGUCACUCAGCACACCCUGGAUUCGAACUCGCAACUCCAGGGGUGAUAGUCAGCGUCAAUACUCACUGAGCUAUCCAGGCCCCCCACUUUCAAUUUUAUCAAUUAUUUUUCAUAAGUCAAAUUGUUAAACUUUUCAUUUGAAAGACACACAAAACUGACCCUCCACAGACAGAAAACUCCGUAAUAAAUAACAUUAUCCUUAUCCUCAAGAGAAUGACACAAGCUAUUUCGCUGACAACAAUGAAGAUUAACUGCUAUAAAAACGCCAAAAUGUAGCUAUUAAAAAGAUAAUUUUGUCCGUAGGAACAAAAGUAACUAAGUUAGCUAGCAAGCUAACGCCACUCACAAGUUCUAGAGCAGCACAGCUAUUUGCUAUUUGUUCUAUUCUUCCAUCCUAUAAUGACAUUCAGUGAGCAAUAUCUGAUAGUAUAUUUUACUACAUACUUUACCUUAAGGCAAUUUGCACCAAAGCAGCUUCUUAUCUUGGGUUACUGGUCAUGAGGAAAAAUAAAAGUUCACAACAAGCGCAUAUGAUUUACUUGCAUCUAGCCAAAAACUGCGAUAGGCUAUAUUUAGUGGUCCUAUUAAGCCUGGUGAUGAAUAAACAAUUACAAUCUCUCAAAGUAUUUUGUUACAAAUUACAUCUGAUUAUUUUCCAUCCAGGAAAUACUCAAAAGUAAUUAAAUACAUAUUUUAAAUACAUUUAAUUGAAAUACUGCCCAUCUCUGUUUAUAGGUGAUGUUCACUUUAAAGGCCCAAUCAUACUCUACGUACGUGAACGCAGACGCUCCAUGCUACACAAGCUUGAUUUCAUGCGUCGUUGCGUUGUGAAAUGUAUCGCCGCUCAAUUCAUAACAUAACGCAAGUACGCACUGUAUUCUCCGCGUUGCCGCAAGGGGCGCUAGAGCAGAUUUUCUUCUUUCAAUCAACAACCGUCAUGGCGGACUGAGGCAGCAAUUUGAGUUAAAUCUUUUCCAAAAAUAAAUACGACAUUUUGUCCCCAGUCCAUUCAAACAAACUAGUUGUUUCGCAGUAUCUCUCCCCAGUCCUCAACUAUAGACACACCUACCACAUCAGGGCUGCAUCCGAAAUGUAGGCAGCUGACUCUCUGCCUAAUCAGUUAAUGUCUUACCUGACAGCUGUUUUGAAUGAAUGGAACUCUUUAAGGAACUGGUCUCGGAACAGUUUGAAAAGCACCUUAUUUUCAUCCUGCCGUAUACAGCCUCUGAAGGCAGCAUUUUCCUGGUUUCGGACACAGCACCGGUUUUGUGGUCAUGCCUAAAAAAAAUCUAUUGCCCCAUGUGGUCUGAGGUUUGUAACUGCCAGAGCAACGCAUGAGCGCACCUAAUGUAUGUACAAUGGGACCACGCAUUGGCCAAGCACUCAUGUCUGCAUUUGUGUACUUGCGUGAAGUUUCUGCUUUAACAGAGCAAUCUAUUGAACAACAUUAAAAGGGAUGUGUGUGUGUGCGUGUGUGAAGAUGUUAACUUUAAAGAGUGUCCUGUUUUCGAUGCCAUGGUUUUCAAAUGUUUUAUCAUGAUAAUGGUUCUGUAUUAUCCAUUAUUUAAUUUAUUUUCUCCCCAAUUUGGAAUGACCAAUUCCCAAUGCGCUCUAAAAGUUCUUGUGGUGGCGUAGUGACUCUCCUCAAUCCAGGUGGCGGAGGAUGAAUCUCAGUUGCCUCUGCAUCUGAGACCGUCAGUCCACUCACCUUAUCACGUGGCUUGUUGAGCGCUUUACCGCAGAGACCUAGCACUUUUGGAGGCUUCAUGCUAUUCUCUGAGGCAUCAUAUUCAUGAGUGGUGGUGUUGUAGUGGGCUAAUGCACACAACUGUUAAUCAGAAGGUCUUUGGUUCGAUCCCCACAGCCACCACCAUUGUGUCCUUGAGCAAGGCACUUAACUCCAGGUUGCUCCGGGGGGGAUUGUCCCUGUAAUAAGUGCUCUGUAAGUCGCUUUGGAUAAAAGCAUCUGCCAAAUGCAUGAAAGUAAAAAAAAAAAGUUAAAGUAAUCCACGCUUAACUCACCACAUGCCCAACCGAGAGGGAGAACCACAUUAUAGCGACCACGAGGAGGUUACCCCAUGUGACUCUACCCUCCGUAGCAACCGGGACAAUUUGGUUGCUUAGGAGACCUGGCUGGAGUCACUCAGCACACCCUGGAUUUGAACUCAUGAUUCCAGGUGUGGUAGUCAGCAUCUUUACUCGCUGAGCUAUCUAGGCCCCGUAUUAUCUAUUACUUUGUAUUUUUUAUGUAUUCAUGCUGGCUUCAAUACUGCUGACAGUAUUAAUGUACUUUUUUGUAAUUCUUCAAUAAGGAACCCGAUUGGAAACACAUUGUGUGUGUGUGUGUGUGUGUGUGUGUGUGUGUGUGUGUGUGUGCGUGUGUGUGUGUGUGUGUGUGUGUGUGUGUGUGUGUGUGUGUGUGUGUGUGUGUGUGUGUGUGUGUGUGUGUGUGUGUGCGCGCGUGUUCAGUAAAGAAUGUAUGCACUCCAGGGACUCCUGUGAGCAGGGCUUUCUCUUGUAUAUGUUUGGAUUGUACAAAAUGUUUCUUUAUCUUUUCUUUAUUAUUAUUUACCAUAGAUUUAUUUUAAAGAGGAAC